GAUUAAUUAGUAGUCUUCCUUCAUCAUUCCACUUGUAAUGUAUAUGUCUAUAUAUAGACCUGACAAAGGGAGAGCGAGAUAUAUACCGUCCUUCAGCAAUCAACAAAUUCAUUUCCAAGUCUAAUAAUCAAGCAAAAUGGGGUCCUUGGGAGCAGUAAUUUCAUUAGGACCUUGGGGAGGUCCUGGUGGCGACAAUUGGAGUUUCAAGGCAAGCCGAGGGAUAACACAGAUAAUCGUCCAUGAAGAUGUUGUUAUAAAAUCCGUUUUUUUCAAAGACGCCAAUGGUUAUGUUUCUGGAAAAUUCGGCAGUGCUGGGGGUCAAGAGAGGAAGACUGAAAUUCGUUGGCCUUCAGAAUAUUUGAAAUCCAUACGCGGGACCUAUGGAAAUCACACUGGAAAUCUAGUAAUUAGGUCCCUAUCGUUGAUCACAAAUCUGACCACUUAUGGACCUUUUGGAACAACUGCUGGUGGCGAGCCUUUCUCUAUCCCAAUAGCAGAUAGUGUCAUUGUUGGGUUCCAUGGGAGAGCUGGUUUUUUCCUGGAUGCAAUUGGCAUUUUUGUGCAACCGGUACAAGCGGAUGCAUCUGGAAGCAUUUCAUUUGGGCCUUGGGGUGGCUCAGGUGGAAAAGCAUUUGAUUUUAGAGUGGGAAGUUGGAUAAAAGAGAUCAUUGUUGAUGCACCAAAAACCAAUAUCAAGUCCAUCGCUUUUACCGACGCCAAUGGGCACAAGUAUGGAAAAUUUGGUGGCAAGGAUACAGAUGGAACUAGCGAUGAAAAAAAAAUUGAGAUUAACGGACUUUCAGAGUAUCUGACAUCAAUCAGCGGGACAUAUGGAAAUUACGUUGGACUCAAUGUGAUCACAUCAUUAUCAUUCACAACCAAUCUAACCACGCACGGACCUUUUGGGGCCUCCACUGGGACUUCUUUCUCCUUACCAAUACAAGGUUCUCUUGUUAAUGGAUUCUAUGGAAGAGCAGGCGAUUUCCUUGAUGCAAUUGGCAUCCAUGCCAAACCGUGGGAUGACAUAGAAGAAAGCAUUUCAAUAGGUCCAUGGGGAGGCUCAGGUGGGAGUCCUUGGAGUUAUGCAACAAAUGAAGGCAUAAACCAGAUAGUCAUCAAUGUCGGGUCAAACAUCAAGUCCAUAUCAUUCCAAGACACAACUGGUAUUGCCUCUGCAACAUUUGGCGGCAACAAUCCCAAUGAUCUUGGUGAAAGGAAAACUCUUCAAAUUAACUGGCCUUCUGAGCACCUGAUAUCCAUAAGUGGGACUUAUGGAGCAUUUGCAAGGCUGCAAACGAUCACGUCGCUGUCAUUCACUACAAAUCUAGCCACAUAUGGUCCUUUUGGAAGCAGUUCAGGCACUUCUUUCUCCAUCCCUAUAAGCAAUAAUACGAUCGUUGGAUUUCAUGGAAAGGCUGGUGACUACCUUGAUGCCAUCGGCAUCUUCGUCAAACCUGAAAAUGCCAUCUAAUUUAUGAUUUAUACGAAUGCCCCUUGCAAUAUUUACUGCUAUGAUGUGUCGGUGUGCGAGUGCUUUUUUAGUUGUCACGUACGGUUGCUUUCAAGGGUUUUUAAUAAUUGCUCUUGUUUUCAAGGGUUUUAUUGGAUCUGUAUCCAUGUUGUCGCGACUUUAGCGGAAUAAAUGUACUACUGCUGCUUUUAGAGGAAUAAAGAGACUCCGAUCUAUAUCCACUCGGAUGUUCUCUGA